UAUCCAUAACUCCCAUCCCCUCGCUCCCUUCUAUCCACCCCAUCCCCUCUCCCAUCCCUCCUCCCUCUCCAUCCCUCCCGUCCACUCACUCCCCUCGUCCCAUCCCCCUCACUCCCCGCCUCUCCUCCACUGAUACCGGACACAUGGAGAAGAGCGGCGGGGAGUGCCACCAUCUCUCGGCGGGCGAGCGGUCGGACUCUGGAGAAGGAGGUGGAGGUGGUGGAGGAGGUGGAGGAGGAGGAAACAGCCCCGGGUCCUGGCAGAGUUGCUCCUCGAGCGGAGUAGCAGCCCUAGGCUUGGCGAGCCCCAGUUCGACCCCCCUGUGCGGUGGAUACGGCACCGCGGCGCAGAGAUACAAUGCGACCAUGCUCCAGGCGGGGUACGAGAGAGAGAGGUUGACUCAGCCUCCGAUGAGUACCACCGGGGAGACGAAGGCGGCCGGGCGUGGUGCUGGCCACUCCCUCGUGCGCCGUGCUGCCCUCCAUAGCAUGGCGGAUUACCUCAUCAGCGGUGGGGCCGGGUACGUCCCAGAGGACGGACUCACGGCCACGCAGCUCUUCGCUGGCACCGACGGACUCACCUACAAUGACUUCCUCAUCCUGCCCGGAUUCAUCGACUUCACCGUGGAGGAGGUGGACCUGACGUCGGCACUCACCAAGAAGAUCACGCUCAAGACGCCGCUCGUCUCCUCGCCCAUGGACACCGUCACCGAGUCCGACAUGGCCAUCGCCAUGGCGCUGAUGGGCGGCAUCGGCUUUAUCCAUCACAACUGCACCCCCGAGUCCCAGGCUCACGAAGUGCACCAGGUCAAGUACGAGCAGGGCUUUAUCACGGACCCCGUGGUGCUGAGCCCGGCACACACGGUGGGCGACGUGCUGGAGGCCAAGGCGCGCCACGGCUUCUCAGGGAUCCCCAUCACCGAGACGGGGCGCAUGGGCGGCCGCCUCGCCGGCGUCAUCACCUCGCGCGACAUCGACUUCCUCACCGAGAAGGACCACGGCAUCCCGCUCCACCAGGUGAUGACGCGGAGGGAGGACCUUGUGGUGGCCCCAUUUGGCGUGACCCUCAAGGAGGCCAAUGACAUCCUUCAGAGGAGCAAGAAAGGGAAGCUGCCGAUCGUGAACGAGGCCGGCGAGCUGGUGGCCAUCAUGGCGCGCACCGACCUCAAGAAGAACCGCGACUUCCCGCUCGCCUCCAAGGAUGCGCACAAGCAGCUGCUGUGCGGCGCCGCCGUCGGCACUCGCCCGGACGACCAGCACCGCCUGGAGCUGCUCGUCAAGGCCGGGGUGGACGUCGUCAUCCUGGACUCCUCGCAAGGGAACUCGGUGUUCCAGAUCAACAUGAUCCGCUACAUCAAGCAGACGUACCCCGAGCUGCAGGUCAUCGGCGGAAACGUGGUGACAGCGGCGCAGGCCAAGAACCUGAUCGACGCGGGGGUGGACGCACUCCGAGUCGGCAUGGGCGCCGGCUCCAUCUGCAUCACGCAGGAGGUGAUGGCAGUUGGCCGCCCCCAGGGCACCGCCGUGUACCGCGUGGCCGAGUACGCGCGCCGCUUCGGUGUGCCCGUCAUGGCUGAUGGCGGCAUCCAGACGGUGGGGCACAUCACCAAGGCGCUGGCGCUCGGGGCCUCCACCGUGAUGAUGGGCUCCCUGCUGGCCGCCACCACGGAGGCGCCGGGCGAGUACUUCUUCUCAGACGGCGUGCGGCUCAAAAAGUACCGCGGCAUGGGCUCGCUGGACGCCAUGGAGAAGAACCAGGGCAGCCAGAGCCGCUACUUCAGCGAGAACGACAAGAUGAAGGUGGCGCAGGGCGUAUCGGGCUCCGUGCAGGACAAGGGCUCGGUGCAGCGCUUCGUGCCGUACCUCAUCGCCGGCAUGCAGCACGGCUGCCAGGACAUCGGCGCCAAGUCGCUCUCCAUCCUCCGGUCCAUGAUGUACACGGGGGAGCUCAAGUUCGAGAAGCGGACCAUGUCGGCGCAGGUGGAGGGCGGCGUGCACGGCCUGCACUCAUACACGUUCGUACCAUUCACGAAGAACGCUCCUACUGAGAGCGGCGGAUGUCCCAGCCGGAGCCGCACACCCAGCAUCACGCCGUGCGCCACCACGCUGCGCUCCUCCGCCUGCUGCAACGGCUGGAACUGAGCCCCGCCCCCCCCUGCGUCGCCGCCGUCCGUCGCGACCGUCGCCCUCUUCGUCGCUCCUGCCCGGACGGGACCAUCCGGACGACGGGAACCGCCGCGAGGGAGAUGGAGCGGGCGAAGCGAGGGAGGAGACGGGGGGGGGCGGCGUAGAAGACGGCGAUCCGCCAGCCGGAGAAUGUUUACGCGGUGUAAGCGUGCACUGUAAGACGGGAGAGUUUAUUUUUUAUGUUUGUCAGGCGUGAGAAAAAAACGACCAAAGGUGAAAGAGAGAGAGAGACGAUUGUUGUUUUUUUACGUGUUUUACUUUGUCCACGCCGGGCCUGGCUAGUCCCCCGGCCCGGUAACCGCGUGCGGAAAAUCGCCCCGUUCGUUUUUGAGAAUCUCGCAUCAGCAGAACCCACGGCGAUGACGGUGACGCGGCAGAGGUCGCGGUUUUUAUUGGCCGAGCGCGGCGUCGCCAUGGCCGCAUGGUCCGAGGGCCCAACCCAGGGCCCUCUGCCACCCCACUCCCCUCCCUACCUACCCCUCGUGGGGGGGGGGGGGGGAGGCCACCACCCACCCGGCCACCCGGCCUGGGAGCUCACUCGGGGUGUUUGUUUUGUGAAGCCAUUCCAAUGUUUUGACGAAUGUCACGCGCAGUUUACAUUCAGGCCAACGGUCCAUAGUUUGUAAGCCUUUUGUAAAAAUUUUACUCGGAGAUGUAAAGGAAUUGGCCAUCAAGGGAAUGACCGGAAAUCCGAGUCCCGAGUUUCUUUAUCCACGAUGUAGGCAGCGGUGACGUUCAAUUCGAGGAUCGGCACUUCCCGUUGUGCUGUUGACUGCCGACUCCCGCCAUAGGAAUGUGGACUUUCCGCCAUCGAUUCAGGGCCGACAAACACGACCAUCUGACCCCCACGGGGAGACGCGUGCAGGAGCGGUAGGGGAUUUAGACACGGCCCUUUUUAAGUUGUCCUUGUGUCGGUAUCGGAAUUAUACGAGCAUCUUAUCGUUAUACUGAACAUGUAAUCGCCUAUGUAAUAACAAUAUCCUUUAGAAUCUUACAGAAUACUAGAAAUGUUAACGAUAUCCUAGAAUAAGGCAAAAAUAUUAGCAAUGCUAUGUUGAAUCGUGAAAAAUUAAUAUCCUAUAACAGCAUUUGGUCCUAUGGAGAGACUGGCUCCUGUAAUAGUAAUGUGGAAUUUACAUCAUCGAUUCGUAGCUGUCAACAGAAUCCUGCGCUGCUCCAACUCUCGCUGAACAGGGAGACACUUGAAGGGAUUUACAGCCUUGCUAAUGUAUGAAGUCGUUCAAGAAUUAAAUCAAUUUAAUAACAAAGAUAAUAUUUUCAUGCAGAAAACGUUAUGUAGAAUCGCAGUUCAUGGUGGUGACGUUGAUGAAGGUGGGAGUGAUGAUAAUGAUCGCGACGAUUGCUAUUGAUCAUCGUGGCGGUUAUAAUGAAUGUUUUCUUGACAAUGACAGAAACUACAGCUAAUGAUCACCGUGGUGGUGAUGAUGAUAAUGGUAGCGAUGAUCGCUAUUAAUCAUAAUGGUGGUGCUGAUGAAGGUGGUCUUGACAAUGAUAGCGACGAUUGCUAUAGAAGCAUGGUGGCAGUGAAGCUCGGAAUGGAUGAUGAUGAUGAUGAUGCUAGCAGCAAUGAUAAUUUGUGACAUUGACGGCUACGCCGAUGACGACGACGACGAUGUCAGACGCCUUCCGCCCUACACUCCUGCACGUAGCACUAAAACUCUUCUCUCGGGCGCUGUUCGAAGGAUUCUACACAGUGAAGUCCGCAAAUCCGUGCGGAACAAUAACUCAAUGCCUUCGUUUUACUGUACGCGGUCCCUAUCGGUGGCGUCCGUGGCAGCGGGCCCAAGUGACCCUGUUGGAUAACGCCCCCGUGUAUGGAAAAGCACAAGGAUAUUCCCAGCUCCGACGUAUUCCGAUUGCCUGUUGUGAUUGUUCGUACCGCCUGUGACCGUGUUUGUUUUAUAGGAGUCCGGAGCCCGCUCGGCUCUCGUUUGUGUUUUUUAGAACCGCGAAGCCAACGGAACCCCCCGCCCGUGUCGUGAGUGCUCGUGAACCACCACCACCUGCCUGCCCGAACGUCGCACCACCCCAAAGUGUUAAGUGUCACUUAACUCACCAACCAACCGUUUUUACGUUUUGUUUGUCCUCCGGAGAUUCUUUCCGUACGUCCCGCCAUAGCAAUGUGGAAUUUCUAUCGUUGGCUCAACGUGGUCGGCCGUCGGGGGACGGAGCGGCGAGUUCCGUACGGAUUUCAUUUUCAUUUCGCCAUUCCUGCAGCGGAGUACCGCCUGCCCUGUUACUACCCACACCGUUGGGUUUCGUGCAAUGUGCUACCGCUGUUGGUGUUAUUAUUGUUGUCUUUGUUAUUAAUUCCAAUCGUUAAAGCUGCGUGAAAUGAUAACCAGUUGUCGGUUCGGUUAUAUUCGAUUAUUCCAAUAGUUACCGCAGAACGACGCCACGUGAAGCUUUUGUAUACCUACCAUUUUUUGCGUCGAAUAAUUUUCGUGACGCGAUUUGCGUAGCGCUGGGAUGUGGUAGCCCGCCGUGACCAACACUGCAGUUAGUGACUUGGCCCAAGUGGUGAAUCGCUUGGCACACGACGACAGUAAAUCGAUGAACCGUGGUUUAUAUACGCUCAUGAUACGUGCGCCAAAUUGUGCGAGUAGAUGUCGAACAUUCACAAUUUAUACACCGACAUUUUACCAACCAGAUGAAGUCAAAUCGUGACAAUUCGUCAAAUCGCCGAGGGGGGUAGUGAAUCGGAACAUGCCUGUAAAGUAUUAAAUAAAGUUUCACAAGACCGGGUAUCUCUGGUCAGACCCCCUUGACUUGCAGUCAAAAGUUGAUGAGGUCAGUGCCCAGUCAGAGAACAAACAGCCCAUCCUCUGGGAUCAAUCAAAUGAGUGCCACGGUGUGGGGGAGCCCCAAUAGUGAUUGCCCUAUUUGAGAGAUUUGGCCCCUGACAUAGAAAUGUGGAAUUUUCCACCACCGUUUUGAGCAGAGAGUUGAUAUAAAUGUAGCCGUUUACCAAUUAAUCAAACAACCGUUCUUCGAACGCGAAUUAUUGGAAUAAUCAUGGCAGCCCACGUAAUAAUAAUAAUUGUUAUUAUUUCUAUCCUAUCCCAGGCGCGAGGUCCGGGUCUUUGUGUUGCCGAGUUGUUGUGAGCAAGCCGCGUGGUGCCGUGCGCGGGGCGUCGUGCGCUGUGGAGCCGUGCACCUGGAGCCGUGCGCAUGGUACCGUGUUCGUGGUGCCGUGCUCGUGGUGCCGUGUUCGUGGUGCCAUGCGCGUGGAGCCAUGCUCGUGGUGCUCGCGCCGUGCGUUUGUUGGGACUCUCGGACCGGGCCCUGUUUACAGAGAAUGACAAAUAAAAGUCACUGCACAAUAAUAACAAACAAGACCAACAUCACCCAUAUCGUGUUAAC